AUAAAAUGGAAAAAGGAAGAACCUUUAGCUAAGUAUCAACUCGUAGGUGACAACUGGGACAAGGAGAUUCUUCCCUCCUAUCGCACAACAGAGAGAAAAACCCAGAGUCUUCAUUUAUUUCAAGUCUAUGCUAUUGUUGACCGAUACACUCCCAGAAAUCCACUUGGGUCAGACGGAUUCCAAGACAAUCUCACUUACAUCCCUUCUAUCUCAGAGCAAAAGCUACUCCUAAAAGAGCUGAAAUUCAUCUUUGCAUCGGCCAUCAUCAGAAAUGUUCCUAAAGUUGCCAAGUGCUUCAACGCAAUAUAUCCAAAACAUUUAGAGCACAAACAUAGCCAUUGUGCUGGGAUAAAAACAACACAGUAUUCUCUUGGACUUUUUGAUACCAAUGAAAAUAAAACGGAUGAAAUGAUUCGCCUUCUUAAAUUUCUUACUGAUCAGUAUGUCCCAACUGAAAAUGAAGAAGUUGUUGAUGCCGUUUUUUUUUUUGGAGGUAAUGUUAGCCACAAUUAA